CAUAAUUUAAUGGCUACAACAGAGGAGCACUGGUCGUCGUUUGGUAAAUGGCGCCGGCGAGCAGAGGCGGCAGGUCGCGGGCUCGCGGCGGCGGAAGGAAUUGGAUGGCUGGCGGGCGGCGGCGAUGGCGGAGGGUCUCGACUCUCGCCGUCUCGCGAUGGCAGGCGGCAGCGGUAGGGAUCAGCGGCAGGCGGGAGGCAGUGCCGGCAGGAGGCUCUCGGCUCCAGUCUCCACUCUCGGAUCUCAGCCUCUCGCGAUGCGCAGAAGAGAUUGAGGGAUUGAGGGUCUACAGUGCGGCGUCGAUUAGGGUAGAGGCCCUAGGGAGAAUCUCGGACACGGCGGCGUCGUUUUGCUUGAGGCCGGCUAGUUGUGCCGGAUAGCCGGAUAGUCGGCGAGGUUGAGAUCCAUGAUGGCCCAUACAAUGUUAUCAAAAACUGGAACUACGCUGGCCUUGUGGAGCACGACCAGGCUCGCUACCGCCAACCGCCCGCAUCUCCUUUUUUUGGUUAUUCGGUUAACCGGUAAUCGCCGGUUAUCUGUUUAACCGGCCGGUUAACCGGCAACCGAUAACCGAAUGACCCGCCCUACCUUUAUCUUUAAUUCGUUUUAGAGUCAAAGGUAAAAACAAUUAAUAUAUCCUACUAAUUAUAGAAUUGGAAUCAAAUUUAUUUAAUUGU